AUGUCAUCCCAAGAAAUUAUCAUUCGGGAUCUAUUCGAGCUUCACGCCCAGUUCUCCAACAAACUGAACGAUCUUCAACAGGAUGGACCGGAAUUUGUUCAACAACACGACGCAAGAAACGGAAUGACAAGAGCACUUUCUGAGAUGGUCCAAGAUGCGGCGUCGGGUUAUCAGCCACUGAUAAUCCCGAAGUUCAAUGAACCCAUAGAUUUUGGCUCCUGGAGGUCUAAUCACGAGGGGAUGCUCUAUGAGUCCAUAACGGACUCUGAAGCCCAGAAAACCACACCCGCAAAUUCGCAUAUCACAGAUAGCGGGGCGUUCAAUCCUUCACUUCCGGGACACCGGGAUUCCAUGGAUGAGCGUCUCGAUUCUCUUCUGGAGCGCGUGGAGGAUGCUGGAUUUGAGAACUUUGAUUCCUUGGUGACAGCCUACUACAGCUCGACCUUUCCCGAGUCGUCACCACUGUAUAUUGAACAAUCAUUGAGUCGCGAACGGCGGCUAUCUCGAGUCCUCUGGGAAAUAUUCCGAUCCUCCACUCAAUGGGCCGUCAGGGAGCGAGAAGGCUUUAACGAAGAAAUCACCAAGAUUUCCGAGUCGAUCCUCAUAACGGAGAGCUGCAAUGCUCAUAGUGCACUUGUAUGUAAGCUGGGACCUCUUAUGGUCGAUUCGCACAGUGGACCCACGGAUAUCACACCCCAGCGUGUCAUUGACAUGAAGAGAAUUGUGACCAAUGAGCAUCCCAAGUUCUGGGCAUUUAUCGUGGGCUUGGCCUCUGCGAACCCGACCUUGCGGCCAAAGGAUCGCUCGAACAUUGCCCUGGCAGUCAUGCUGCUGUUAAAUUUGGCAGGUCAUAUUCCAAGGGAGCAGCUGAUUCGAGUUAUAAUCUCUUGCUUGUGA